UUUCAUCCGUUACGCGGACACAUACAUUUGAGUAUUUCAAGUAGGCCGCGGAAGAAAGCGCUAGUGAAUCUGUAGAAACUCGUAGCCGGUGGCGCUCGAAGUUUUUCGGGUGGGCCGCACGAGGUUCGCCGUCUGACCUAUCAUCGAUAGUGGCCGCCUUAUUUUGGGAAUUUCGCCGUGUUACGCUUCGCAUCCGAUCUCAAAGAAGCGGUAUCGCUCGUACUGGAAUGCUGAAGCUGUAAAAGACGGGGAUACGAGCACCAUCCAAUUAUAACCAACCUAAAUAUAGACUUUAUCGCCGAGUUGGGCAGUGUAUUUAUACUGAAACCCAUUUCCCAUCAUCACGACUACACCGCCAGUAGCAGUUUACCAAAGUAUUUCUCAGUCGUAGCGAGAAAACUUCCAGUUGUUUGCUUAGUUUUGUUUUUAACGUCAACGCCGUCAACACCGACGCUACUUACGGAAAAAAAUGAGCGGGCUCGGUUCAAACGGUCACCCUGUAGAUUCGGAUGGGUUGAUUUACGUUUCUCCAUUGAACAACGAAAAAUUUGUUAUACCUGAUGCGCCCAGGAAGUGUUUAUGGAGUAGGAAUGCUGGCGUCGAAGGCAUGGUCAGCCCCCAUUCGUUUAAAGAUUGGAAAAGGAACGCCAAAAUUCAGCAAAACGUCUUAGAACUCAUCGGAAAUACCCCGAUGGUGAAGUUGAACAGCAUACCGAAAAAGGCAGGCAUAAAGUGCAACGUUUAUGCAAAAUGUGAAUAUUUCAAUCCCGGAGGCUCCGUUAAAGAUCGGGUUGCCAAUCGAAUGAUCGAGGACGGCGAAGCUCAAGGACUUCUAAAACCCGGGAUGACGAUCAUUGAACCAUCAUCAGGCAACACCGGAAUUGGGGUGGCGCUAGCUUCGGCGGUGAAGGGUUACAAGUGCAUAAUAGUCAUGAGCGAGAAAAUGUCCAACGAAAAAAUAUCUGUCAUCAACGCGUUGGGCGCCAAAUUGAUUAAAACUCCGAUAACGGCGGACUCGUACGCCGCUGAUGGCAUUUUCGGGGUGGCUCACAGGCUUCACCGGGAAAUACCCAACUCUUUCAUUCUGGACCAAUUUUCAAAUCCUGGCAAUCCUUUGUCGCACUACGACACCACAGCCGAGGAAAUUAUGGACCAAUGCGAUCAUAAGGUCGACAUGCUGGUUCUGGGUGCCGGUACCGGAGGAACGGUCACCGGAAUCGCGAGGAAAUUCAAAGAAGCGUCACCAAAUACCCAGAUCGUUGGUGUCGAUCCAGUCGGGUCGGUUUUCGCAGUGCCCGAAUCUUUAAACGAAACGGAAGUCACUUUCUUCGAAGUAGAAGGUUUGGGCUACGAUUUCGUGCCUACGACUCUGGAUCAAAACGUCGUAGACCACUGGAUCAAAACCGAGGACCAAGAAAGCUUGACCAUGGCACGGAGGCUUAUUAGAGAAGAAGGUCUACUUUGCGGAACUAGCAGCGGCGCAGCGGUUUGCGCAGCUGUCAAAAUGGCUCAACAACUUCACGAAGGUCAAAACCUGGUAGUGGUGUUGCCGGACAGCAUACGCAACUACAUUACGAAAUUUGUAAGCGACGUUUGGAUGGAGGCAAGGGGAUUUCAGCCGUGCAUAAAUGUCAAUAACCACUGGUGGUGGGAUGAGAAAAUAUCCAAACUGCGAUAUCCUAAGGUGGAAACUUUGUUUUUGGACGAGGAAUGUGGACGGGUUUAUGAAUUCAUGAAGAGCAAACGCGUGAACGAAAUUGCCAUUCUCAAGCGCGAUGGAAACAUGUUGGGUGCGAUAUCAUUGAAAGAUCUUAUGAACAACUUGCUAACUCAAAACCUCCAGCCGACUGAUAAAAUCGAAGAAUCCACCAGGCGAAUAUACCCAAAAAUCGACAUCGACGCGCAUCUGGGUCUGGCUUCCAGAAUUUUGGAGAAGGAAUCGUACGUUAUUGUUACCGAAAGCGAAGGGAUAGGCCGAUCGAAGACUGAAACCCCUGUUGGUGUAAUACAUGUCUGCGACCUGUUUGACUACGUGUCAGUAAACACGCUCUCCGAUAAUUGAUUAAUUCCUUACAUAAAUCGCAUAAGUACUUAUAUGCUACAUAUUUUUAAUUUUCUCUAUGUGGUUUAUCAUAUCAAACUUUAAUAAACUUAACUUUU